UCAACCAAAUACCUUAAGUUAUGUUCUCUGUAAAACGUAUGAUUUAAACGUCAGUUUUGCUUGUCACUAUUUAAUUUCGUGAAAGACCGACUUUUAAAUGACCUAGAGAAGGCUGUUGGAUUGGUGAGUCUCUUCCGAAGUCUUCGAAGAUCACCACUAGUACAAAAUAAAAAAAAUAAAAAUUUAUAUAAAAAAAGGUUAUAUAAAAUGUUUCGAACGAUUAUUUUACGAAGUGAUGUAGCUAAAGAAGUUGUGAGAAAAUCCUUCCGAUCAAAAAGUAUUAGAAAUGUUUCGGUUGAAUACUACAAACGAAGACAUUAUCACAGAUCUUUAUUUGGACCUGAAUCGUCUCAGGUAUUACAAAAAUUGGUUAAAACAGAACACAAUUUUGUCAGAAAUUAUGCUAGUGAUCUUCCAAACCACACAAAAGUUACACUUCCGGCACUUUCUCCAACUAUGGAACUUGGUACCAUAAUUAGUUGGGAAAAAAAAGAAGGUGAUAAGUUAAAUGAAGGUGAUCUCUUAGCAGAAAUUGAAACUGACAAAGCAACUAUGGGAUUCGAAACACCAGAAGAAGGUUAUCUGGCAAAAAUUCUCAUUCCAGCUGGAACCAAAGAUGUUCCCAUAGGAAAAUUGGUUUGCAUUAUUGUUGAAUCUGAAGCAGAUGUAGCUGCUUUCAAAGAUUUUAAAGAUACAGGUACUGCUGCACCUGCACCACCUAAAGCUGCUCCAGCACCUAGUGCACCUGCUCCUAGUGCUCCAGUACCAGCUUCAUCUGCAACUCCAGUUCCUGAAGUACCUUCUACAGGUAGGGUGUAUGUAAGUCCAAUGGCAAAGAGGUUGGCUGAACAGAGGAAUAUCAGAUUGGCAGGCAAAGGUACUGGAUUAUUCGAUUCUAUAACCACUUCUGAUCUACCAGGAUUAGAGGCAGCUCAUCCAGCUCCAGCUGCACCUGGAAUUAGUCUACCUGCUGCUGCUCCAAAAGGUUCUGCUUCACCUUUUGUUGAUAUCCCCGUUACUGGAAUGAGGGCUACUAUCGCAAAGAGACUACUCCAAUCCAAACAAACUAUUCCCCAUUACUAUCUAUCUGUAGAAAUUAAUAUCGACAAUUUAUUGGCAAUUAGAGCUAGAUACAACAAGAAACUAGAAAAGGAUAAAGUUAAAUUGAGUGUCAACGAUUUUAUUAUUAAAGCUGUAGCACAAGCUAGUUUGAAGGUUCCGGAAGCUAAUUCAUCUUGGCAAGAAACUACAAUUAGGCAGUACAGAAACGUGGAUGUUAGCGUAGCCGUAUCGACUGAUAAAGGUUUAAUCACACCGAUUAUAUUUGAGGCUGAAAGAAAAGGCGUUGUGGAAAUAAGUAAGACGAUGAAAACAUUAGCAGUAAAAGCGAGGGAAGGAAAAUUACAACCGCAAGAAUUUCAAGGAGGUACAAUUAGCGUAUCUAAUUUAGGUAUGAUGGGAAUCGAUCAAUUCUGUGCAGUUAUCAACCCUCCACAGAGCUGUAUUUUGGCUAUAGGAACUAGUACAUCGAGAUUGGUAGCGGAUCCAUCUUCUGACAAAGGAUUCAAAACUUCUCAAUUUAUGCAAGUGACACUGAGUUGUGAUCAUCGAACGGUAGACGGUGCUGUAGGUGCAAGGUGGUUGCAGGCUUUUAAGGAUCAUCUCGAAGAUCCAGUAUCGAUGGUUAUUUAAAAGAUUGAAAGUGUUCCUAAUAUCAUUUCUCCACACAUUAUUUAUAAAAUCGCUGCCAAUCAUUAGGGUGAAAUUGAAAAAAAAAAAUUACCACACCCUAGAACACGGAGACAAAAAAUUUAUUCUAAGUGGUUAUAAGCAAGUUUCUGGAUUUAUUUUUUUGAUAUACCUACAUAUAUUGAAAUAUAUUUAUAGUAACUUGCUUAAAAGGACCAAUUAUACAAAAACAACCGUAUUAGUUAAUUAUUUAUUUAAUAAGAUUAAAAUUUAUUUAAUAUUUUGACUUCGUGUUCUUUAUGUAUCGAUAGGAAGUCCUGUUUUAAAAUUUUAAAAAUGUUUAUUAGAAUGAAAUGCUGUAUUUACAGGUAUAUUAACAAUUAAAUCAUAUUGUGACUCAUUUUGGUUCAAUAUUUUUCAAAAAAAUAAUCAAUUUGUUAUAAAUUCGAAAUCUUUAUGAUUUAUAUAAAUAUCACGAGGUAUUGUAAAAUAAAUUAUAUUAUAAAUA